AUGUCAGACAGCGGAAGCUUAAGACAGCUCAGCUCAGCAGCUGAUCAUGUGAAAGAAUUCUCCACAUAUGAAACUGCUGAAACUUACGCUGCAGCAGAGCAGGGCUAUAACUACGAGCCCAGUCAAGCUCAUCAGGGCUAUGAAACGCCAGCAAUCCAUGAUGACUUUGAGCAGCAUGCGGACUAUCAUAAACAUUUCUUUGCCUUCGAAGCGCCACAGGACGCUGGCGAGCAAGCAGAUCUAGCAGAGCAAAGCAUAGCUGCAAUUGCUAAAAAGAAUUUGCAGGUGGUGUUCAUCAAGGCGCCGGAGAACAAAGGCGUCGAGGGUGCACUGAAUGCGCUCAUCAAGCAGAGCAACGUGGAUAAAACUGCCAUCUAUGUCCUCAAUAAGCAAACAGAUGCGCAGGAGCUGGCAAGCAAAUUUAGCGCAUUGCAAGCGCAGCAUAAACACAAGCCUCAAGUUCAUUUUGUUAAAUACAGAACAGAGGCAGAAGCUGCGCACGCUCAGCAGCAGAUUCGCGCAAAGUAUGAAGCGGCGACACCGCAAAGCUUGGAGCAGUCACAGCUGGAGCUGGCGGGCUACAACUUGCCACCGCCUCCAGGCGCUUUAAAUGCGCCAACUACAGCUCAAAGCUUGGAUCAAUCACAGCUGCUGGGUGCUUUCUAUGCACAGAAACAGCAGCAGCUUUCUGCUGGGCUGGAACAAACUUAUUCGGGUCCAUUAGCACCUCAGCAGCAGCAGAAGCAGCAAUUGGAACAAACCUUUGCAGGUCCAUUAGCACCUGUGAAUGCUCCAACUACAGCUGAAAGCGUGGAUCAGUCCCAAUUGUUGGCUGCCUAUUACGCUCAGCAGCAGCAGCAGCAAUUGGCAGGCCAAACUUAUGCUGGCCCAUUGAAUCCGUCAAAGUUGCUUGCGGGCUCAGCUCAAGCUCAGCUUUCAUCCUUGGGCAGCUUUGAGCAAUCCGCUGGCUUAUCGCAUACUUAUCUUCCCCCUUUAGGCGCUUUGCCUGCUGAGCAGCAGCCAUUGGAGCCCUAUGCCAUACCCUUGGCACAACAACAACUUCAGCCCAGUGCUUUUGAUCUGGAUGCGCGAUCAGCGCGACGUUCACGCCGUAUUGACUUCCGUGUAAAUGAAAGACAACGAGCUGGCAGUCGCAUGAUUUUCCCUAGUGCGUAG